UCAGCUUAACGGGAGACAUGAUCUCACUCUGUGUACAUGACAACUCUAACCUGCAUUUCCUCUAAUCUCCUUAAAUAGAUCAUAUCGUCAGCUUUUGGUUCAUCAAAAUUCUUUUGCUAUGAAUCUACGAGUGUUUGUUGAUGUAAAGCUAUGCAGAAUUACGUUGUUUUUUAUUAUGUUGCUCAUGAAGUUUAUUCCUCCUUGUAACAGGGCGCUCACGUCACUUGCAAGUAUCCAGCUAGCGGGAAGCCAGCAGCGACGGCCGCAUUAUUUGUACAAUUGUUCCUCCCUCUGCUGUACCCCGAGGCUGACGGUUCCUAGGAUUGUUCAGCCGGGCUGAGAACUCCGGAAAGUCGCCUUCCCGUGGAGCAGAAAGUCUUGGCAGGAACGCUGAGGUCUUGAGACACAAGAAAACAUCCAAGAAACUUGCGGGGUUGGAUUUGUGAGCGAUGACUGGACCGUAUUACACACGGAGAGGGGUGAUAUGGGAUCGGGAUGCGAUACCAGGCUCCGCUCUGGUCUGAUGAGACAAGUGACUGGGAAUUAACCGUCAACAUGAUGUUUGAUUUUCUCUUGGAAGGAGACGUCACAAAAUCUACAAGGAUGGGAGUACGGACAAUCGACAACGUGUAAGAGUUUGGGAUUGUGUUUUCAAGAUUGUUUUGCUCGAAUUCGAAGUGAAAAACACAGGCGUUACUUGGACUGUUGUAGACAUGGGAGAUUUAACAGUGGUGGAAGUGUACGAAGGAGGUGGGUACAGUAUGGACUUCACGGAUCACGAUGUGCUGCAGAUAGAGAGUGCAUUUCGGAGCUACAAGACAGAAGUGUUUGUGUGCGCGGGACUGGCUAACCUUUACUUCGCAAGUGUCCAGGACAUGGCCGACAUGCAGGGUUGGAAGUACCACUCUACAGGCAUCCCCACCGUCGUGUUCGACACUGGCGACUGUCCCAGGCGGAAACGGAAGCUGAGAAUCCUCCUAGCGGAGCGGGGUACGGGGUUCAUCCUCUGGCAGGACUCCGUGGAUAACUACACCAACUACAAGGCCCCGGACAAGGGCUUCCACACCAUGAUGGUUUCCACGGACCGCAGAAAACUGGCGGGAUUCAGUUUCGACGACGAGCAGGCGGCGUCGGAUUUCUUACGGACGAUCUGGACUCUGACGACCAACCCUGACGUGGUCAGUCCCAUGAGGACGCGGGAAAAGAAGCACCGCAAGAAGAAGGAGGGAGGGAAGGUCAAGUUCAAACUGCCCAAGAAAUGCGAUAUCUCGCAGCCAUGUUGUUUCCAGCAUAUCAUCGCGGUGGAGGAGAAGGACCGUGACGUCAUUCCCAGCCUGGGAAAGCUCUGUCCGAGGCCACCGUUCGCGCAUGUGCAGAAAGCAACGUCAGACGAUAACUCUGCGUCCGACACUUGCGACAAAGACAGUUCUAGUUACUCAUACUAGCUUCAAUUUUAAAGAAUAAAAUGGUACCAUGCAAUAUACCAAAGAUCAAUAACAAAGUAGGCAGACGGACCGAAAUGGCUGACAGACCACAGGCCUACUCAUCUACUCCAAAUGUCAAGAAGAACUUCAAAAGCUUUUGAGCGGGAAAACUACAAAAGCACCGGUCCCCAGAAGCGGUCCUAAAAGGACGGGGACAAGUUACCGCAAUGUAGCCGAUUGCUGGCCAAUCGAUGAUCGCGUAAAGUGGAGUACAAGCUGUUGCUGUGGUGACGUCAUGACAGACGCCGCUAGGUCAGGUGGCGGGAAAGCUGCAGACGAUACCACCGUACCGUAGAACUGCUGAAUAAAAGAUUAUUUUCAUUUAUGGUAAAGCUUUUGUAUGUCAGGGCCUUCUCACGGGAAAGGACCAGAAGAAAAAGAGCCCGGGGAAAUGUGGAAACCAUCUACAGACCCCCGCAGACGACAUCUGUAUAUUUGUGAGCGUGAGGCGUUGAUGGCGGGAACAUCUGCAGACGAUAUUCCAGGACAUUUUCAGACGACAUCUUGACUAGAAUCAUCUCUCGCAAGACAGGACGGCUAGGAUACAUCUGUGAGGACUUCUCGCUGGCGAGAUUUCCUCCAGACGUUACUCAGCGCAAAUUAUGUGUCAACAUAACUGCUGUUUCUCACGGCGAGACAGAAAAAAGGACUGCGUCCAACAAAAACAAACGGUAGCGUUAUGUGGGAAUGUUUAAGCGGUGUGAUCAACAUAUUAUGGGAUUGCCAGUGCGGGGAGAAAAUUACAGGCGGUAUUUUGGAUCGUUUCCAAGUAAUAUAUUGUCUUAGAAUUUAAUCUUGGAAGGAAUGAACAAACGCACGGUCUACUGAGUUUCGUUUGCGAAACACAGAUUACCCAGAAUCCAUCUCUCCGCACCUGUUGUUAUGCUGAGGCGCUCAACUUCCCUCAAGUACACAUGAUAAACUCGAA